AUGAACGACGACAAGGAGUCCAAGUACAUUGACCAGGGCAUAGACCCGGUCGACUCUCACCAUCAGGAUCAUGACCAUCAGAUCCAACAAGGUCUCGUCUCUGACAAUGCCGACCAAUUGCAACGUCGAUUGGGCAACCGUCAAAUUCAACUCAUUGCCAUAGGAGGUUCUAUCGGUACCGCGCUCUUCGUUAGUAUUGGUGGUGGCCUCGCACGGGGCGGCCCGUUAAGCUUGUUCCUCGCCUACACCAUCUACAGUGGUCUCCUCGGUCUCGUCAACAACUGUAUCGCUGAAAUGACUGUCCUACAUCCCGUAUCCGGAGGCUUCAUUCGUAUGGCUGGUAAAUGGGUAGACGAUGCCUUUGGUUUCAUGGCCGGAUGGAACUUCUUCUUCUACGAAGCAUUGUUGAUUCCCUUCGAAAUCACCGCCCUCAACCUGGUAUUAUCCUUCUGGAGAGACGACAUUCCGACUGCGGCUGUAUGCGCUGGAUGUAUUGUGCUCUACGCUCUUCUCAACGUCCUCGCCGUCAAGGCAUAUGGCGAAGCCGAAUUCUGGCUCUCUGGCGGAAAGGUCAUCUUGAUCUUCAUGCUGUUCUCCUUCACAUUCAUCACAAUGUGCGGCGGAAAUCCUAAACACGAUGCCUACGGAUUCCGCUAUUGGAGAAAUCCCGGACCCAUGGCCGAGUACCACACAACAGGCAACCUCGGUCGCUUUGAGGGUUUCCUCGCCGCAGUGUGGUCUGCUUCCUUUUGCGUUGUAGGCCCUGAAUAUAUUUCCAUGGUCUCCGCUGAAGCCAAGCGCCCAAGAAUCUACAUCAAGACCGCGUUUAAGACUAUCUACUGGCGAUUCGGAAUCUUCUUCAUCCUUGGAUCACUUUGCACCGGGAUUGUCGUUGCCUAUAACGACCCCACCUUGGUUGAUAUCAUCUUCGGCUCUGGAAGUGGUGGCGGCACUGCAGCUGCGUCGCCGUACGUGAUCGCCAUGAGCAACUUGGGAGUCGAGGUUCUCCCACAUAUCACGAACGCAUUGAUGGUCACGAGUAUCUUCUCCGCUGGCAAUACCUAUACAUACUGCGCCACUCGCAGCUUGUACGGCCUAGCGAUCGAAGGCCGCGCACCACGCUUCCUCCGCAAGUGCACCAAGAACGGCGUCCCGAUUUGGUGCUUCUGCGUCGUCAUGGCAUUCCCCUUCCUGUCCUUCCUACAGCUGAGCAACAGCUCCAACAAAGUCUUGACCUGGCUAAUCAACCUCGUCACCGCCGGCGGCAUCAUCGACUACAUCGUCAUGUGCAUUACUUACAUCUGCUUCUACCGCGCCUGCAAGGCUCAAGGCAUCGACCGAAACUCUUUCCCCUACACGGGCUGGUUCCAGCCAUACUGCGGCUACAUCGGCCUUGUAGGCAUGUCCACCGUCGUCUUCUUCUAUGGCUACUCCAGUUUCACGCCCACGAGCGUCGAGACUUUCUUCUCCUACUAUACCAUGUUGAUUGUCGCGCCGAUCCUGUUCGUCGGCUGGAAGGUCAUCAAGCGCACCAAGUUCGUUCGUCCGCAUGAGGCGGAUCUGCAAUGGGAGCGCGCGAUCGUCGAUGCCUACGAAGCGUCCUUCUUCUCGCCUCCUGUGGGUUUCUGGACUGAGAUGAUUCAACUGGUGGGUUUCAAGAGAAGCAAGCAGGAUAGACGCACUUCGGUCGAUGGUUCCAUCACCCAGCGAUUCUAG